GCGGGUUUUUUAGACGCAUCCAUACGUAGAUAUACGAUAUAUAUAACAUCCAACACCUCUGCUCCCGCAAGAACUCCCAGACCUGGGGCCCGAAAGCCUGGGAGAAGAUGCGUCCAGCCCUCCUCACCAGCCUCCUUACUCAUCCCUUCUCUGACCCCCACCCCCUCCCUCAGGUCAUCGUCUACAUCGUCGCCGACGGUCGCAAAAAAGUACACUCCCGCGUCCUCGACUGCCUCGCCUCCCUCGACGUCUACCAGCCCGAGAAGUACAUGGUAAACACCGCAAACAAUGUCCCCGUCACCGCGCACCACAGCACCUCCUUCGGCCUCGACCCGAACGUGCACGGACAAGGGCAUCGUUCCCACGCAGAUCAUCUGGGGGGAUGGGUGGCCGACGCAGACCGGCGCGAGCACGCGGCGGCGGGAAAUGCGGGCGCGGAGGAGCGUGAACGUGCGACUUGCGGGGAAGGAGAAGGGAAGGGAGGAGAAGAGGAGAGGGAGGCCCUUUUGCAUCACGAGGGCGCGCGUCGUGCGUGAUAGUACGUCAGCUGUGUUGUAUACCACGUACGUCGCCUGUAUCAUGUAGAACAAUAGAAUGUUAAUUUGCACCCAACGCGUGAUGCGAGACGGCGGGGGAAGGC